AGAGCGGCACAUCCAGUUCAGCCUCAGUGUGUGUUUGACUUCAGUGUGGAGACACACAGACACACACCUGGAGUUGCAGAGCGCAAAACGGCAACAGCACAAGACAACAAAGGAAAGAGAGCGAGACAGCCGGAGUGGUAGAGAUUACCUCUUAGACACCUGAGACAGCUGCAGGCUUGGAAACAAAGAAAGGGGAGAGAAUAGAGAGACAGCAUGUCUUCUCUCUCUGAUCAGCAGCCUGGCUCUCCUUUCUCAGAGUACAGUGAGCUGUGCAAGGUGCCGUCCCUGUCGCCCAGCGUGCCAGCUCAGAGCUGGGAUUGGCAGCACCCCACAGCCAAGGACACGGGUACCCCGAGGGGCUUGGUGGUAGGCGACAGACCUAUGGCUUCAGACGGACUCACAGAUGAAGACAAGCUUUGCUUCUUUGAGCGUCCAGACAGAGGUGGCAUGGACGCAGAGCUGAAGGUGCCGGUCAGAGUUGGGGGCAUGUCGGGAAGCACUUCGAUGGGCAAUGCUUCCCUGGGCAGUGCAGGGGACAGCCCGGACAGCCCUCUUUCCUCCUCGCCAUCCCCCUCCCCAGCCUCCCCAGGAAGACUGCCCUCUGCCAUGGGAUCUGGUGGCAGGGUCCCUCUACCACCAGUUCCUGGAUCUCCAGCCAGGUGUAUGGAGCUGCCAUCGCCUACUAGUGCAGUGCCUCCCCACUCAGUAGGAGCCUCAUUGACAGAGGCUUCUCCAGUAGAUGGAGACUCUCCGUCCGAUCACUGGAACAGCUCAUGUUUUGCCGAAUCAAGCACAAAAGUUGCCAUGCCCCAGGUGGCCCCCAACUACUGCGUCAUAGGAGUAGUCAGAGACAACCACUUGGAGAGGGCGGAUGAGAAUGUGGCUGGAGCCGGUGUAGCCUCGGGAGCUCAACAGUUGUCAAAGGGCUCCUCAGUGGACAACAGUGAGGAGGAGAUGGAAGAAGAGGAGGAGUUGGCGCCCUGUUUUAUUGGGCGAGCUGAGCAGCAGAGGAAGGCCAUGAGGCGAGCAAUGUCUGAAUGUUCCCACCUGUCGGUACCCACCAGUCUACAGCUCCCUGAUAAAUACCCCUGUGGCGACGAGGCAGGGCUGGACCAGGUGGCGUCACCUUUAAGCUGUCUUCGUCGCUCACCGCACUCCAUGAAACGCUCGCUAACUGUUGCCGAAGAUCAGCCCCCUCCCCCCACGCUCUCAGCAGCUGGUGCCACACAUAUCGACCUACGGCAAUCCCCACCCGAACCCCGCCUCUGCCUCUCCCCAUUUCCUCCUUUGAGGGAUGGCAGCGCUGGCUUCCCACUCUCUCCAUUAGAGGCCCCAGUGGAGGGUUUUGGGAUGGAGAAAGAGGCAGGGGGCAUUGUGCUUCCAGUGCCCCUCAGUCCCAAGGGGUUCAGCAGCUUGAACGCUGGAUCUGCUGAAGCUCUAAGCUCACACAGUGAUGAGAAAGCUGCUAAUUCUAACAAGACUGUAGAGUUUGAUGGGAAUAAAGAGGAUGCUGAACUGAACACUGGUGCAGAUUUAACCUUUAGAGUUGGAAACAUAUCAACAAAGGCACAGGACAUUGAUGACGAUGAUGACCUUGACACUGGUGUCUAUAGCAGCCUCUGCCUGAACUCCAGCACUAACCCCUUCAUGACAGUGGAUGUAAAAUCAGAAAUGACAGAGAAGAAGGAGGAGAAGAAGGAGGAGAGUGUGAAGAAGGUGGACCUGUUUGACCCUGUGGAUAAAGUCGAGCAGAAGAGUGUAAAGGUUGAGUUCACGAGCAGUGAGAGUCCGGUUAAGGUGGAGGAAGAGGGAGAAAAAGACAAAAUGAAGGAGGCAGAGAAACGGGAAGAGAAGGUGGAUAGAAAUCAAAAGGAGGCAGAAAAUCUGAUAGAAAAGGUGGAUGAAAAACAAAGGGAGCCUGAAAAAGAGAUGGAAACAGAGAAAGUGCCGUCUGUGCAACAAAAGCCCGAGAAAGAGGAUGACGUGAAAGCAGAAGAAUUGUCAGACAAGUCAGAGAUAAAUAAAGCAGAGAAGACAGAGAAAGAAGAAAAAGUGGAGGCUACAGAAAAGCUGGAGUCUGACGUCGAGAAAGCACAGAAUGUGGACAAAAUUGCACAAAAUGACAAGUCCAAAGUGUCCAAAGUGGAGGACAAAGCAGAGAACAAGACCACAGAGAAGCCCGAGAUCACAGAAAUGAAGGACGGCAAAGAGCAGCACAUCAACAAAGUGGAAAAGACCCCAGAGCAACAGCCGACAUCCGUCAAGCUCGAGACCAGCUGUGACCAGACAGAGAAGAAGGCCGACACGGAGACAAAGGCGACAGCGGAGCUGGAAGACGCCAAGACAGAAAAGGCUGACGCAGGCGAGGCCAAGAAGACGGAGAAAGUGGAUGAGGCGAUGAAGCCGUCUGAGAAGCCGGUGGAAAAAACAACACAGAAGGAAGAGAAGCCGGACAAAACGCAGGAAGACAAAAAGACGGUUGAGAAGAAAGACGAGAAGAAGGACAAGGCUGCAAAGGCAGACGGAGACAAGGCGAAGAAACCUACCAAACCCUCAGCCAAUGGAAGCAUUUCAACACCAAGCAAAGAGCUGGCAGACAGGAAGACCAAGCCUGCUGCUGGGGCAACCAAACCAAGCGCAGCUGCCAAAAUGCGCCCGAGCACUGCAGGUGCUGCUGGUCCUGCUCCAGGCCUGACCAAGCGUCCCGUAUCCUCUGUCGCCACCUCCACCCCCCACACUACAGACAAAAAAACAACCACAGCUAAAGCACCUUCCACAACAGCUGCAGGGUCUAAGCGACCCUCCACCACUUCUGCCAGCCGCCUCACAUCAUCCUCCACCAGCACGACACGUGAGCUUAAACCCAAGACAACAACAGAGAAGCGCCCCCUAGUGACAAAGUCCAGCACUGCUGCCUCAAAUCAAACCGGUUCAGCCAGCAGAAACACGUCUGCUGCCACAGCAGCCAGUAAAACCACUGCACCAGUGCGCACGGCAGGAUCUACUCGCACCACUACCACUGCUGCAGCCAGAAAGCCUCUGGCCUCUAAGACAGACAGCAAACCAGGAGAGGAGAAGAAACCCAGCGCCCCGAGGACUUCGACAGCUGACUCAAGCAAGCCUAAGACCACCACCACCCGCAGCACUGCCUCCACCACCACCACCACUGCCUCCCGCACACGAACCACAGCAGCCAAACCAGCAACGACAUCCUCCGCCGCAGGCACGGGGCCAGAGAAGAAGCCCCCGGUGCCCCGCGCCCCGCGGGCCGCCUCUUCAACCACAGCGACCACCGCUUCCCGGAGCACAGCUCGCCCCGCCACAGCUCCCGAUGUCCGCAACGUCCGCUCCAAGAUCGGCUCUACGGACAACAUGAAGCACCAGCCCGGAGGAGGGAAGGUGCCUCCUUCCUCUCAGAGCAGGGGUUUCACCUCCAAAGAGAGCAGCCAGGGCAAAGUUCAGAUAGUCUCCAAAAAGCUGGACUUCAGCCACGUCACAUCUCGCUUGGGCUCCAAGGACAAUAUGAAGCAUGUUCCUGGUGGAGGGAAUGUGCAGAUUCUCAACAAGAAGGUGGACGUCAGUAAGGUGACGUCAAAGCUGGGCUCCAAGGACAACCUUAAGCACAAGCCUGGAGGCGGCGAUGUGAAGAUCGAGUCUCACAAAGUGAACUUUAGGGAAAAGGCUCAGUCCAAAGUGGGCUCCAUGGACAAUGUGAGCCAUUCACCUGGAGGAGGAAACAUCAAGGCUGAGGGGGCACAGGAGGCAACAGAGGGGAGUGGGGACCCCCUGAGUGGCAGCCCUGCCCCGGCCCCAGGCUCCGAGCCAGGGCAGGCUGGGGGCCCCGCUGCCCUGAAGAAUGGGUUGAAGGACGGGGCUCCCUGUCAUAGUGAGGGCCUCCAGGAGCCCCAGGCUCUGGACUCACACAUCCCAGAGACAAAUUGAGUCUUUCAAGCUCAACUUCCGCGAGAAUGCUCGCUCUCGCACGGACCACGGCGCUGACAUCGUCACCUGGCUAGCCCCACAGGACAACAACAGUAACAGACCCCACCCACACGGCUCCUCUUAUUCCCUACACACCAACUACCAACAACAACAACAGCAACCGACAACUCGUAGUGUCUCCCUCAUCGAGUCGCUGGCUUCGGUCGGCUGCGUCAGCUCCCCCUCCGCCCCCUCCUCGCUGCAGCUCCAGGUGGAGGUCCAGGGGGUCGACCGCAGCAGCUCCUUAAAGGGAUCGUGACCUUUGUGACCCCUCUUAAUAUCUCUAACCUGCUAUUGCUACAUUUUGACCCAUCGAGUAGUUCCAUCAUGCUUUUCCUCUCACACUGAUUGUGCGCCGUCACCCUCGCCCUGCUAGAUUUGGCUGAGUGACUGUGUAGACUGUGCCUGGUGAGAGGCGAAGGGGAAACGAGGGCACAGUAAGGUUUUCUCACAUUCUGGGUUUUUGCUUGGAUCCUCUUCACCCCACAGCCUUGUGGCAGACUGUGUUCUCCAUCACCCUCCCCCAGUAUCGUCCGCACCCACAGCAGCGUCAGCAGCAAAUCACUCAUCUACUAAACAGCAUGGAAACCCUGGCUUCUCUUUCCUUUGUGACUCUAGGGGCUGUUUGUUACCUGCAUCCACUUACUCUCUGCUUCAGUGACAUCAUAGUAACUCAUCUCACCGUCUCCUCUUCUCUCUCUUCAGCAACACUUACCAUAAACGCGCUGACAAACAAAAUAAAGCUAGACAACAUGUAGGCUGUUUAACUCUUUAUUCUCUGUGUUUGUGAUGAUGUGUUUGAGUGACACAAAUCGUGUAAAAAUGAGCUUCGGUGUUCUGCUCAUCUUAUUUCUUGCGUCUUUCUUUUUUUCCUUUCCUCCUCCUUCAUUGAUUUUAAAACAAAGUUGUAUUUAUUUAUAGUGUCUUCCUGCAUAAGCAAUACAACGGGCAGUCGUUUUUUUUUGUCUCAUCAGAAAAUCUUGGAAACACGCACAGGUUUUUCUAAACCAAGACACACAGUGACGAAAUAGAUUCAGAGGGGGAGAGGAUGUUGAAAAAGCAGGCGUGGCUAGAAGCGUGAAAAGGGUUGUUUUUUUAUUAAUGGCAAAAUAGCAAGAAGCCUGUAACCUGAACGUUUCUGAAACGUAAUAGAGGAAGAUGAAGUUCAGUCUGCAGCCCAAAUGUGGAUGAGGAAAUAUGAAAUAUGUCUGAAGUCGAAGGAGCUGUGUGUAUCGUAUGUGCCUCCUGUCAUUUUGAAGUACAGCGAAUGAGGCUGACCCAGGCUCUGACCUAAAACUGCCCAGAGGGAGUGAAAGGAAAUGCCAGGAGAAACCUGGUGCUGCUGUUAAAAGGAAAUCCUGUAAGUGACCCUUUCCUGAUAGUGCUUCUUGUCCCAUUCAGGUGUGUGAGGAUCAUGGUAGCAUGUUAUUUGGCUAAAGCUUCAGCUGACACUCCUGUGUCCUGUUGGAACAGCAGCGGGGACGAUGUGGCUUUAUCCUCUUCUAUUGUAGCAAUGUAAUCAAAUGUUGCCUUUGUAAUGCAUGGCCAGAUAAUAUGACUCUAGGUUAAAGGCUGAUGUCCAUUAUGAAAGUGUUGUGGUUUGGUCAAUUAGUGUCGAGAUUAGCUGAUUUAUGUUUUAAAGGAAACAGAGAGGAAGAACCAGUUUGUAAUCUUUGUUUCCCCUUUUUAAAAUCAUGAUUGAAUUUCACAGCUGACCACAGAUUUGUAUGCACCAACUCCGUGGCUCAAACACACACACAGGUCAGCCACUGUCAGGAUUUAAAGAGGGUUUCUUUUGUUUGUUUGUUUGCUCUUUUGGCUUCGUCAAACUGAUUCUGUCAGCAGUCGUUAAAGUAAUAUAACAAGGGCUGGGUAUCAUCUGAAACUGAUACCAUACAUCUAACUGACUGGCAAAUGAAAAUAUGAUAGAUCAAAACAUUAUCUCAUAAAGUUAGGAUGGGGAACGUGUUAGCAAACGUAGCAUGCCCUUUUCAGUCCAUGUAAUACAUCUUACCUUAAUAAAAGAACAGCAUUUUCUUUUUAUCUCCGACUCAACCAACUCUUUAGCUGCUACAUGCUACAGUUAACGGCUAGCUUUUAUCACCACUCAGCUGCUAACUGUACUUGCCUCCCAUCUGGUGCUUUUUUUAAAACUGCAAACAGCUGUCUGCUGUUGUGUCUGAAAACAGGGUUCAUGACAAUGAAGUAAAACAGCAAAGUUCCAAAUUAUAAAACCAAAACAAUGCGUUGAAAGAAGCUAACAAGCUUCUGGUAGCUAGCAGUAGCUACCAUGUUUGAAAAUGUUACCUCACUAGCAUGAGAGGUUUGUUUGUACUUCUCUGUUGAUAUCACAAUAAGAAAUAGUGCUGUUAAUCCUUUUGGCCACAAUAAUCUAAGCUAACAUUGUGACGCCGCGAGGUGAAACUCAUCGUGUAACUGCCAAAAUGUUUGAGGUAUACCCGACAGUUUUCUGAAGAACAGUACUUACGUUUGAACUACUCACACAGUUGUUUCCAGUCUGUGUUUGCAAAGUCAUUGUUUUUGUCAAAUGUAGCAAAAUUCCCAAAAAGCAAAAUGCAAAUUCAGCUUCAUUAGGCUCUUCCUAGCAAUAGCAUCCAACUACAGAAACACAGAGGUUUUCAGUGCAAGCUGACAGUAAAAUCAGUGAUUUGUAGAAAAGCUCUGAUGCCAUUAAUUAGCACCUUAAAGCUUGAGUGUAUCAGCGAGGGUUGACUUAUGGAGUGGAAAUAAUGAGGAAUAAGUGAUCCUUCAUUCUGAGUGAGCUUUUGCAGUAGUGUGAAUGCCCAUGCCCUCUCUCUUCUUCUUCAGCUGUUAAUUGAUGUAGUCAUUGCUAAUUUUUAACAGAAGUACAGGGACGGGAAGUCAACCAAUGUCUUUGGAAUUGUCUUUGGGAAUGUUUCACAUGCAGAUGGUGGCGCAUUAAUAAAAGCUGUCAUCAAGCAGUUGAAUUGCUUUGUUUGCGCCGCAGCAGCUGUCUUCUAGCAAAAAGCUUCCUUGUGCCUGUCCCAACUUCUUCUAGCUUUGCUUUUCUCCCAGAGUUUCUACUUACCAGUACACAGGUGUACAGAUGUGCUCUGUAGUCCUCUUCAUGGCCCCUAAAAUAUCCGAAGUAACCAAAGUAGAUACCAAGCAGGGUUGGUUGGUGGGGAGUUUUCCAAGUACCCUUAAAGGAGCAUCAUAACUAUUAUGGCUGUUUUUAAGAAAUGCAAAAAUAAAAAGGUCUACCUGUUUUUAUUGAAAGGGGCCACCGAAGUAAAGAAUGUCUUUUGAGAUAUAAGUGCAGUAAAGACACAACGUAUGCACUCCUGUAGCUCUGUGGGGGCGUGCUUGUCUGAUUGGAGGGUGUAAAAUAUCAAAUUUGUCACAGCCCCUUUUACAGACUGCAUCUCGCCCAGAAUUGCGACUCCCAGUGCAGCACUUCUUCAAGUCUUUCAAAUAUCAUUGCAGCUGAUUUUAUUUGGAGUUGUGGCAGCAGCUCGAUUUAGAAACAUUGAACAGGAAACGUAUAUAUGCUUAAUUAUUUAAUUAACUGCAGCCUUUUUAACAAAAUGUAUAGUGCACGCACAUGUAUGUCUGCACACUAUGAAAUUAUGCUUGCAAGCCCAGUCCUAAGAGAUGAGAAACAUUUCUGUAAGCAUACAGUGACCUCUGCAGGUUCAUAUAAUAAAAGAAUAAAGCUAAAUGGGAAUGAAGCUAAUGCACCUGAAUCACAUGCCACUGCAUAACAGUGGGCAGAUAGGUCCACAUACAGGCCUGUCAUUUGGACAUUCUGCAUAUCAAAGCCUAUUAGCCGCUCUGUUACGGCACUCAGAGGGCAGAGACCCUAAAACGUUCUUAUUUGAGGCUGAGAAAAUGAACCGUAGCUAACAUUUUGGCUUAUUUAAUAAAAGCUCCUCUGAAAUCUGUCCAAGGAGCCUCGUAGUGCUUCAUCGAACGCUGCCACACUCACACCUGACAUGCAAGUGUAACACUAGCUAACGAACACCUACUGUACCUGCAGAGCAUGCUGAAAAACUAUGGGAUGUGUUAGGUAGACUUACUCUGUCAUUUGAAGAACCUCCUUGUUUUUGUUUUUUGCGUGUGUGUGUGUUUUUCAUAAUUUGAAUUUUAUUUUUCGGUUUGGAAAAAAAUUUAUUGUGAUUACUUGUUAAUUAGUGAUGUGAUAAUUAAACAAAUAAAUUGGACUAAAACUCA